AGGCAGGAUGGUUACCUGUGCACCGCCACACAACCCUGCAGCCCUCGCGAUUAUGCGGAAGUCAUUGGUCAUUCUCGUUAGCAAUCACUGACGUUUCAUUAGCUAUUUUUCGGUGUAGCGGUUAUCAUGGCAUGUCGAUUUGCUGCUGACUGUUUCUAGUCUCAUUUGCCAAGUUUCUGAACAGCUCUUCUAGCACUUUGCCUCACUGCUAGAUAGCCUUAGAGCCAACGGGAAGUAUGCGCUCUGCCUACUCUGCACGCCCUUGCAGCCGGGCACUAUUGUGCCUGGAUAAGGCGAGUGUUGAUGCUGGAUCUACACAAGGAUGUGGCCCUCCACAUCAGCACGGAAUGCAUGGGUCUGCUCGUUGCAGCCCUUAUGUAGGUACCAAGUCUCUCGGCCGAACAGCUUUAGCCUUCAGUCUGGAUUUGGUACGUAUGAUACGGGGCUUCUGCAUUCGUUUUAGUACGACGCCCUUCCACGUUGCCCUGUAUCCGACGAUCCAUACUGGCGGGUCCGAUAAUCAACGGUUACACGUCUUAUGCUCUCCGGCCUGCAUACAAACUACAAGUAGGACAAGGUUACUUGUUUAUCAAGUCGGAGACGCGCAGCGGGACUAAGGUGCGGAGGGCUAGCACACUAAAAGGAUACAGUAGAACAUACGCUUGCCUUAUCUGAUACCACAUACAUGAGUACCAUGGCUUGUGGUUAAGUCAGUCUACACCUACAUCGUGAAA